AAUUAAGUGUCGUCACACACCCGGAAGUUGUGUCCAUUCAUUCUACCGGUUUCUUUUUAAGUUGUAACGCAUCCGAUGGUAGCACUCUCUUCUGGACGCACGAGAGAUGUUGCUGCUGGUGCUGGGUGCCCUCCUCCUGCUCUUCUGCAGUCUGGAUGUGUGGUACUUCCUACGAGGAGUCCAGGUGUUUGUCCAGGCGUGGUUCCAACCCAGAGUACGAGACAUGCUGGCCGAGCAAAGCAUCGACGGAACGGUCCUUCCCCACGAUUUGGACUACAUGGGCCACAUGAACAACUCCCGAUAUCUAAGGGAGUGUGACUUUGCCCGCUUUCACCAUUACAUGCGAAACGGCCUGUUCAUGGCGUCGCGCAAACUGGGGGCCAGAAUGGUGGUCGGGGCUUCCACCAUCCGGUACCGGCGCUCCCUGGCUUUCCGCGAGGCUUUUGAGAUUCGGACGAAAAUAGUGGGCUGGGAUGAGAAGGCGUUUUACGUGGAGCAGCGCUUCGUGUCCAAGCGAGACGGGUUCGUCUCCGCGGUCAUGCUCUGCAGGCAGAAUGUGGUGCACUGCAGCCCGGAGAGCAUCCUCGAGUUUGUCUGCAAGAGGAAGGUCGACUGCCCGGCGUUUCCCGAAGACCUGAAACACUGGAUCAGCUUCAUCUCAGCCAGCAGCCAGGCUCUGAGAGCAGAGAGCGGACUGGAAGAGAAGAACAAGUGAAGCCCGCAUCCAGAGCGUAGGUCCACAUAUCAUCUACACACACACACACACACACACACACACACACCCACACACACACACACAUACAGUUAACGCCGUAGAGAGUUUCCAUUUAUCUCUGUUUUUGAGUUGAUCCUUUCUUCUGUGUAAUUUUUUUGUUUGAUGUGAACAGAAAUACUGAACUCACAUGUGUGAAAAACUUGAACUAUAAAAAGGGUAUUUCCUCGUUUAAAAAAAAAAAUUGAUAUGCAUUUGAGAUCAUAUGGAAACAAUAACGUGACACAAGAAAGUAGCUUUGUCCUCCGCAGCUUAUCGACCGGCUUUAGACAUUCUCCAUUUUAGCUAACGUUAGAUAAGCAUGUAGAGCCGAAGGUAAUCUUCCACGGACGUCAAUGCAUGGUUUUUUAUUUUCUUAUUUUUUUUGUGCCUGUUUCUCUUGAUUAGCCGUAGUUUACACGCUACAAUUGCAGAGAAUUAUAACUUCUUUUUUUUUUAAACACAAAGGCGUAGGUGUGAUGAAAUACUUGAAUGGACACCAUGUGCUGUCAAUUGUUUUAAUCUUUCCAUCAGAAUGUUGCACAAAGUAAAUAAACAAACAUCAAUUCCUGUUCACAAAUCGGAAAAGGGAAUAUUUGACUUCUACGGGAUGGUUUUGAUCAGUACAGUGUUGUCCUUUUACGAACUGUAUAAUAAUAAUAAUAAUAAUAAUGCAUUUAAAGGGCGGGCUUCGUGAUUGGAAUCGUGUGCAAUUGUAAGAGAGAGCGCUCGUAUUCAAAUGAACGGGCAUAUCAUAUAUAUAUAUAUAUAUAUAUAUAUAUAUAUUAAUGUGAGGUUGCUGGCAACUUUUCAAAACCUGCAACGCACGGGAAAGAAAUAUUGAUGUGGGAGGACGCUUGGCCUUUUUAAAAAUCUGAAACCUUCCCUUUUAAUGCAUCAAAAGCUUUAUUUUGUGACCAAAGUAAUGUAUCGUUCUGUAUGAAAGACCAAAUCAAUUGUUAAAGAUGUAUCUAACCUGUUAUGUAUGUUGUCGACACACUGAAAACUCUGCUUGAUUUAUUUAUUGAAGUCUGAAGAUAUUCGCUGUCCUUUUCUCCCCCCCCCAACUUAUAUUAUUUAUGAUCUAUUGAAAUGAGUUAAUGUACCAAACUUUAUUUAUUGUGUUUGAUAAUUAUUUAAAGGCAUUUUAAAUUAAAAAAAUGCAUUAGAAA